UUCAGCAGCGGCGCGGAGAGAGCGAGCGCGGCGCGGAGGGCGGCCCGGCCCGUGUGUCCCCCGCCGCUGCGAAGCGGCCGCGGCGACUUCCCAAACUUUCCCGGGUCGGCACCGAGGAUGCGGCCCCCGCGGCGCCUCCGUCCCCGCCCGAGCGCGCCGGCCGCGCUUCCCCCGUUGCCGCCUAUUUUAUGUCUUUUGUCUCGGAGUUGGCACCUGUCCCAGAGAGCGCGUUUCCCUGCCCACCCCUUCGCCGCCGGAUCAGGGCGGGGGAGGGGGUACGGGGGACCUGGAGAGGAGGGGACGGGUUGGGGGGGGAGCAAGGCGCCUACGGCCCCGCAGCCCGGGGAGACCGCCCGGGGGCAGCGGCCGUGACGCGCUCCCGGGCGCCCCUGUUCCGCGGGGAGGUCAGGACUUCGGCUGUGCCCGGAAUACCAACAAGGCCGCCCGGGGCCCCCGGCCGUGCCCGCUGCGGAAACAACUUCCUGCUCCCCCGGCCCAGGGCGCAGGAGCUGCGGGGAGAAGUUCUAGGCCGCAGCUUUGCUAUCUUGGAGCCGGACGACGACACUGUUGCCCAGGGCCGCGCGGUUCCUUCCCGCGCCCUCUCCCGCGGUCGCGACCAGCCGGGCUCCAGGGUCCGGACACUGGUUAGAGUGACAAGAAGGCCGCAGCUGCUUUUUCUGCCUGCUCCGCAGGAGCGCCUGAGUGGUUUCUGGCGCUUAGGGACGCCGACACGGGGUCGCUGUGCUCGGACCCCAUCCCCCUGCCUGGGCAUGCCCUCUCUCGGAGCCAGAUGGACCUGGUUGUCCCCGGAUGCCCGCGACAGGGGCCCGAGAGAAAGAAGGCCUCCUGGGCCCCAUCCCAGUGUCUCUCUGUGCCUGUCUCCCCGCCCCCCCCCCAGCCGGCCUUGGCAUUCUAACCAGUGUCCCUUGACGUCACAUCUCGCCAUUUCUGUCAACCAAUUGAAACUUGCCCGUUGUCAUAAAAAUAUAUAUACUUUUUAUGCCAUUGGUAAAUUCAAAAGUUCCUCGUGUGCCCUGCUUCCCAGGAAACUUCAUUCCACCUUGGAUUGGAUGGCCCAGGCAGGGGCACUGGCCAUGGGGCGAGGCUGGGCUGGGGCAGCUGGAGCAGCUCGGCCAGGGCCUCUGUUGCCCACUGACCCACCCUGGAUGCUCCCUAGACCCCCAUGACCUUGGCCUUGAAUUGUGCUAGACACACACACACAUCACUGCCACCACCGUAUGACAUACGAUUUGGGGAGGGGGAAAAAACAGGAUACUUUAAGAAAUCUUCCAAAAUUACUUUCCUAUUUGUUAGAAUCUUACUGUGGCCUAUUCUUGCUAGGGAUAGCUCCCCUCCACCCACCCCCAUGAGAAAAUUCAGUUUUAGAAAGUGGAGUAGAAAUGUUUUCUGGUUAAUCUUUUCACCGAAAUCCUGACCAACUUUCACUUUCCACGGCGGCUGACACCAAGCCGAGAGAGCCCAAGCAGGGGUGAUUUCUCAAGGGGGUGAGUUUCACUCUUUCCCCGAGGAAGGUCCAGGGUGGCCCUCCCAGCUUCCAGGACCAUGGGGUCCAGCUUGGGAAGCCCAGGAAUUCGGUGCUCCUCCUUCCUCCGAAAAGGACUCCGGAAAGGACAGCCUGAGACUCAGGAAUGCCGUACCCACGUUCUAGCAAUACGGCAGAGAAAACCAAUCUCUCUUGUCCUUUAUAAUUUUCUUCACUAUUACAGUUCCCAGCCCUGACUAGGACGUGUGGAGUAAGAGGACACAUUCCCACGAGAUGAUUAUGUGCAGGGCAGUCCCCCAAAGCCACACAGAUCCUGCUAUCACCCCCUCCUGCUCCAGCCACGCCAAGGAAGAACCCAACCACUAACUGCCAUUAUAAAUUCCCCCUUUCCCCAUCUUUACUGUAUGGUUCAACUACUUUAUAAAAAACAUAUUAAAGACAUUUUGUGGUUUAGCAACGCUGGGGACUCUAAAACAACAGAAAUGCUUCGCAGACUGGGCUGAAGGCAGAGAUCUAAAUGCUGUAAGUACCAGGCCCCUUUGAUACCAAAUCUUGUUUUUCCAAAAUAAUGAGCAAGCCUGGUAACAACCAAACGGGGAUUUUGAAAUAAAUAUCUGGUUACUAUUCUCAUGUAAAACCAUUCCCAAGUGCAAACUCUAGAAAUGUUUCAUACCUUUGAGAUACGUUCACACACACACACACACAAAUACUACAAUCAGUACACCCGACAACCACACUAUAAUCUAUUUAUAAUCACUUUCCUAAACACUAUAAAUAUUAUAACUAAUGUGAUAUAUGUUGUGUGAUUAAAUGGGAGGAUUAAAACAUUGAAUUAAAAAAGCCACAAAGAAAAAGAGAUUAUCUUCCAUUAUGCCACUUACAACUUUUGUUCCAUUGGCACAGACACAAAUUUGACAACUGUAUCAUUACUGAAGAGGCAGUGACUAAAUGCCAGUAUAUUAGCUUUGUAAUUUUCACCUGGAAUCAUUGUAUAAUCA